UCCUAAAUCCAAUGGCCAAUCAGAGAGACAGGAGCCUGCACAGCCGGCUGUAGAAGCCCCGGAAAAGUGCUGCAAAGCAACAGAAAUGCAGGCAAGCGAUUGUGGUUUCACUGUUGCAGACAUUGCUCCUUGCAACACCGAAAGUCCCCGUCCUAAUCAGGAAGAGAAGGCAGCAGGCGGGGCCAGUCCUGUGGUCGGACGCCAACCGACCCGCAGCAGAAAAAACAGAAAAAGGACAUCAAAAAGUAGAGGAAAUGACAAAAGUGCCACACGGACUCCAGAGAAAGCUAUAAACAACCCUUCAGAGACAACGGGAAGUAACUCUGAGUUGAACAUCGUUUUGCCCAAAGAACUCUUUGGAGAGGGGAAAUCCACAAGUUCCUCAGAACCAGCGAGGACUCCAUUUCCCAUAGUGCCUCUGUCUGGGACUGUGUGCGAUGCAGGGCAGGUUGUCGUGACUACCAGCGUAGCAGAAAAACAGGAAGACGGGAACUCGGAACUUUGCCUCGAGACUUCUGCUAGAGCGACGAAGAGAGAAGACUUGUCAGCAAAGCAGACAAACCAGAAUCAUCGGACAAGCAACAUAUGUGCCACGGCUAAAUGGAACCUACCCUCUGAAGGCAACCCGGCAAGAAAAGGGAGCAUGGGCCAAGGGCAAUCGCUGAACUCGGAGGAUAACCCAGGGGAACCUACCGGGACCGACCCGGUGGACCAGAGCCCUGGCCUCGGUCAGAGGGACGGCCCUGAUUCGCCCGGGCCCUUACCCCGCCGAAUGCUGUGGCGCGACGGGGGCUGGACUGCGGCCAUGGGCUGGUCCACCGAACAGGGUCCGGAAACGCCCGCCAACACGGUCUGGUACCAGGACGAAAGCCCGGCGCGCUCACCAACCGAGGGGGCUGCGCUGCCCUCUCAUGGGAAAGAAGCCCUUGCCCAUACUACUUGGUAUGGGGAGAACAUGGCCGAGAAUCGGACCCUCGCGUCACUCGCAUCAGUCCAUGGACACCUAGAAGAAUCAGAGCAAAAGGAGAGCGCCUUAAGUCAGCCCCGAGCCUCUGUGGUCUGUAGUGCCGGGGACUCACUGGAACAUGACCCUUGUUUUCAAGUGUCUGUGUCAGCCCUGAGUCAGGUUGGAGAUCCUGGAGCAAAGCCAGCGCAGUCACAUGUUCCUGGCGCACAAAGACAGGAAGCCUCCGGAAAACAGCGGGACCAGGGAGGAAGAGGGGACGGGGAGGUGGGGAGGAAGGAGCGAGGGGCAGACGGAGGAGCGCACGGCGGUGACGACAGGCGGAGGGCCAACAGCGAGGAGAGCAUCGAGCGGGAGGAGGAGGGAGCCGAAGAGACGGCAGACAAGGGCAGGAAGAAAAGGAGGCGAAAGAGGGGCCGGAGGGGUGCGGCCGAAGCCAAACUUAGCUCCAGCUCUAGCACAGAGUCCCACGUCCUGAUGGAUACGCUGGCCGAGGCAGGAGCACUGUCGCAGAGCCACAGCCCGACGGCCGAAACGCAGGCGGAGAUACGGGCACCACCAGACCGGGAGCGAGACCCAAAGGCACAGGGUAGUGGAGCGGCUCUUGGGGGUGAUCCGCCCAGUGCCGAGAGACUUGUAGCCACAGAGACGCGGCCAGUAGCCCAGGCUGUGGCAGGAAGGGCUGCCUCCCAGCCUCCCUGCCCCAGUGAGUCAGUCCUGAGGGAGGAAGUGGACGCUGGCACCAUGCGCCUGCCCAGCCAGACGGGGGAUAAGAGCAUGGACUGUAGCAAACCCAUUGUUGCCCUAUCAGAUACCGACUCUCAUAGUCCUGGACCUAGCCUCGCUCGGAGCGACAGUGGAUCAAAGGAAGUUCGGACAAUUGUACAUAUGGAGAGACCAGACCUUCCUGAAUUACCGUAUUUUACAGAGCCAGUGGAGUGGGACAUUUCUGUCCAACCUGUGGAAUUUAAAAGCCAAGCUGAAAAAAUUGAAGCAACAGUAAGUGAUUUGGAUGUAGAUGUCGAUGAUGUAGUUCCAACCGAACUUGAUUAUGGACAUUCAGACACCACAGAAACAAAAGGAGCCUUUGACGCUGUGCUAUUGUCUGAGCAAAACGCAGAGCCUGCCGCAGCGAUGGAACUCAACAACUGUUCAAAUGUGGAGGCUCUUGAAAUUAAACCCAACUCUGUGGAUCGAUCCGUUGGUCAACUUCCUCAAUGUGUGACGACGAUCGAACCUGCGAACCCCACUGAGGUUGAAAGGCUUUUGGACUCAGAGACCACAGAGACAAGCACAUGCAUGGCAGCCAUACAACACGAAGGAGCCCCCCCUGUGGAACCGCCACAACAAGGGGAGGAGGGGGCAGCGGAUGUUUCCUCACUUAAAACACAGGAAGGAACUGCAGACGGAACUGUAACGGCUGAUUUGGGGCAUUGUUUUGGACACGUUGGGCCGCCCCAAGAUGGGCCAAGCGAGGACAAACCGAGCAAGGUAAAGGGAAGCGAGGUGAGGGGGGGCCGUGAGGAAAUGCGAGAGGCUUGUAUUAUGGAGCGGCACAGCGACGAGGUAGUUGUGGCCGCCAGUGCAAAGAGCUGUAUGUGGAACAAAGAAGAAAGAAAAGGGGAAGAGGUGAUCGAGAGCAGUGCUGAAGUGCAUGACAAUGUUGAGAAUGAGAACAGCAGGGAGGCAGAGAAUAGGUGCAUGGAUGGAGAGGAUAAUCUUCGCUACAAUGAGGAGCUAGCAGCGACAGCGGUUGCUGUUGUUAGCGUGGCCAUAGCAUCGGCGCUUGCUAAAAUAGAGCUGAGCAAACUAACAGAGGCAGAAUGGUCCAAAGAGUCAUCUCAAACAGGCCAGACUCCUAUUCAGGCCUCAUCGGUGCUCAGCAGUGAACACAAGCUGCCCCUCGACACCACAGUUCAAGUGUCGGUGUGUGUUAGCCAGCUCACAAACGAUUUACAAGCAGAGCUAGCCUCCACGCCAACGACCAGCAAAAGCCAUGCUUGUCAUGAACUGUCUGAUACGGACGAUUAUUGUCCAUCGGAUGAAAAAGUAUCAGCCGAUGAAGAAUAUCAAGAGAAAAAAGUAGCAGAGCCACAAGACGUGGAACGCAUUUUAAUGAGUAACCAGUCAGUUCCAGAAGCAGGUGUCAUUCUUGAGGAGUCCCCAGAGGCAAACAUCAUAAACACAGAACUAGUUAUAUCAGAAGCCAUAUCCAUACAAAACUUCUGCUUGGAUUUAAGUCACGAUCUGACUAUAAAAGCAUCUAGCCUAGCAGAGGCUGACACAAAAACGUACAGAGAUUUGAAUGAAGCACUUGCAGCCCAGCCUGCUAGCCCAAUCAAUGCUCUGACUGAAGGCCAGCUCUGUCAGGACAAUCAAGUGCCUUGCCCUGUCAUUGACACAGGGCAGGGCAACGGCAAGCAAUUGGACUGGUUUGACUCAAACGCCACCGAAAAUCCCGGACUCAAAGAGUGUGCUGAUGACUCACCCGGAGAACUCGAUUGCUUCUUGUCUGAAGAGCUGUUGGGUAUCAGGCUGAACCCAGGGCACGGUGCCAAAACCCCCCUGGUUGCACACGUUCUAGUAAAUGAGUCUGGUGAAGCCGGUAAAUCACAAGGAACAUCGAAAGCUGUGGCUGCCAUUGAGCCUGCUAGUGAGGCCUGUGUGACAGGCCAGGAAGGCACUGUAGUGUUUGUGUGUGAGGAGGGUGAAGGCGAGAUCCACCAAGAUGGUUCAGCUGGGGGUCAAAGGUUGCCUUUGGAGUCUGAAGUGUGUAGCAGCGGUGUUCCACCCUCUGAAAUCCAGAGCAAGAACUCGUACAUGGGUGCUGUUUCCUCUGACGACGAGGAAUAUUCUAUGCCCGCUUGCGAAGUGAUUCUCCCUGUCAAUCCGGACCACUCACUUUCUGGUACCUGCUCUGGUACGGCCCACUUAAGCCCCCUGUCGAAGGAAUCCACCAGCCCUGUGACUCCUGACGAUGGUACGACCCAACCAUUGGCAGAUAUGUUUGUUUUGACCACCCCUAUGGAGUUUCAAAGUAGCAGCCUCCAGCAUCCAGGGGAUCACAGUGCUGUUAUGUAUGAUGGAGAUGGUAUGUUCCAAGACCAGGGGGGGCACGUGGGUUAUUUGGAUACAGUCGAUGGAUGCAAGGACCAGGAAAGAACAAGUGACGGGGAGGAGACACAGAGGAUUAUGGUCACAACUCCAGACGCCUCCAGAACUCAAGUGAGGGAAGCCUUGCAGGAAGAACAGCCCCCCGAGACGAUCUCAGAGGGCGCCCUCCAUCCUGAGAUCCAGAGAGACAAGGAGACCUUCUUCCCACUAGGGCCCUGCCCGGAGCCCAACACCCUCCCCGGCUCCUGCACACCCCCAGCCCCAGUCACAGACCGGGGUCUGUCCGCUCCCUGGGAGGGAGACGAAGUGGACCGCAUGAUCCAGGCGCACCCGGCGACCACCCAUGAUGCAGUGGAGCGUCUGACACCCAGCGUGGAACUGGAUGACUGCGUCUUCAAAAAGCCCGCGCCGCCCGGCUCCAGGCCGGAGUUCAGGCGGGGACGUUCGUCCUGGUCCUCCACCGACGACUCCUCCAGCCAUCGACCCCCCAGUGUCUCCUCGCGGCACAGCGUGGACACGGCCUCCAUGGACACGGCGUCCAUGGACACGGCGUCCAUGGACACGGCGUCCAUGGACAGCACGUCGGUGGGGGCCAGCGACUCUGCCUCCCUCUGGAGCCCUGGAGGGCCGUGGAAGUCAGACGAAGAAGGGAGAGGGUGCACACCGGGGAUAGAAGGCCUGGAUGCGACGGGCGGAGAGGAGGAAGAGGGGAAGGACCAUCUGCCGGACAACUCGGAGACGUCGGCCAUCCUGCGGGCCUCCAACCGCUCGCUCUCGCCGUUCCGACGCCACAGCUGGGAGUCCGGCAGGGCCAACGUCCCCGGGCCCCCAGGGGACCCAGCGGAACCAGCGCCAGCGCAACGCAGUUCACAAAGGAUCUUGCCAGUGGAGGUGAGGCGAGCCAAACCACCCCUCCACCGGAGAAGCUUCAGUCUGGAAGGCCUGGAGGUCGGGAGGGCAGUCGGCCCAGGCCACUGCCUGCGUACGGGUGCGUAUGACCGGGACGAUCGGUCCGGGACAAAGGGGUCCUGGCUGGACAACCAGGAGAGGGGAGGGGGCUCUCUGGUCUCCCUCACAGAGGAGGAGCAGGAGGGAGACGCCAGCAGCCCCGUCAGCCAGAGUGCUCACCACGAGCUGUCCAUGCAAACCAGCUGUCCCACCAGCUCCCACCACCCGCCCCUCACCAAGUCCAUCUCCAUGGUUGCCAUCAGCCAGCGGGAAACUGAUGGGGUUGGGUCUUUCUCCACUACCGCUGGGUCACUGGAAUACAGUAUCUGUGAAGAGGAACCGGGCCCAUUGAGGAGCAACAGCGAGCGGGGAGUAGUUGGAGGAGGAGUCGGUGGGACCAAGGUCAGCCGGACGUUCAGCUACCUCCGCAGCAAGAUGAGCAAGAAAAGCAAGGGGAGUGACAAAGAGAAGAGGGGAGAGAAGGAACGCGAGGGCAAGGAGCGAGAGAAGAGGCCAGUGAACGGCCACGCCUUCUCGCCGGCCUCGCCCCCCCCCAGCGGCGCCUGCCCCCACUGUGGCCGGCUCUUCCUGGCCAAGGACACCUUCCUCUGCACCAACUGUGGUGUUCAUGUCCACAAGAACUGUAGAGAGAAUUUGUCCAUCUGCGCCAAGGCGAAAAUGAAGCAGCAGCUAUUUCCAACAGAAGCCGCCACGGGUACAGGUGUCAACCUGAGGAGUAAAUCCUCCUCCUCCGCCUCAUCGUUAUCCUCGUCCUCGUCCGCCUCUCUGACCCGGGACCGCUGGUCCACGCUGCCCAGCACAGAGGACCAGGUGCCCCAGUCCUUCCCUCGGAGGAACCCCAACAUCCUGUCCUUCAACACGCACAGCAACCUCUCCAAGAGCAUCUCCACCAGCAACAUCGCUGGGCUGGACGAGGGUUCUCUGAAAGGGCAGAAGCACCUCUCCCGCUCCACGGACAACCUCCAUCAGGGCAGCAAGGUGAACGCCUCCACGGAGUCCCUCACCGACGAAGGUACUGAGAUGAUGGACAGUCAGCUGAUGGGAGAGUUUGAGUGCGACGUCAAAGAGCUGGAGGCGGACUCCUGGAGCGCCACCGUGGACAAGAAGUUCCUCAAGCUGCACAAGAAGGACGAGGUCAAGAGGCAAGACGUCAUUUAUGAGCUGUUUCAGACGGAGCUGCAUCACGUGCGGACCCUGAGGAUCAUGUCGGAGGUCUACUACAAGGGCCUGCAGAAGGAGCUUCAGCUGGAUACCCAGACCCUGGAGAAGGUAUUCCCCAUGCUGGAUGACCUGCUGGAGACACACACCCACUUCCUCACCCUGCUGCUGGAGCGCAAAAGGUUCUCCCAAGUGGAGGGCCGAGGCCCCAGCAGCUUCCUGAUCGACAGCAUCGGAGACAUCCUGGUGAACCAGUUUUCGGGCUGCAAUGCCGAUCGCAUGAAGAAGGUUUAUGGAAAGUUCUGCAGCCGCCACAACGAAGCGGUCAACCUCUACAAAGAACUCCACGCCAAAGACAAACGCUUUCAGGCCUUGAUCAAGAGGCUGAUGAGCAGCAGUAUCGUGCGGAGGCUCAGCAUCCCAGAGUGCGUUCUGCUGGUGACACAGAGGAUAACCAAGUACCCCGUUCUGAUCCAGAGGAUACUGCAGCACACCAAAGACACGGACGAGGACCACGCCUGCGUGUCCGAGGCGCUGCGCUGCGUGAAGGAGCUCAUCGCCGCCGUGGACAGCAAGGUGAACGAGCAGGAGAAGAAGACGAGGCUGCGGGAGGUCUAUAGUCGCACCGACAGUAAAUCCAUUAUGCGGAUGAAAAGCGGUCAGAUGUUUGCUAAGGAGGACCUCAUCAGGGGGCGCCGACUGCUGCACGACGGCACUUUACAGCUGAAGAACGCUGCAGGGCGUCUCAAAGAUGUCCAUGCCAUGCUGCUAUCAGACGUGCUGGUGUUCCUGCAGGAGAAGGACCAGAAGUAUGUCUUCGCCUCCCUGGACCAGCGUUCCACUGUCAUCUCCAUUCAGAAGCUUAUCGUAAGGGAGGUGGCCAAUGAAGAGAGAGGUCUGUUCCUGAUCACGGCCGGCACCAAUAACCCAGAGAUGGUGAAUGUGUUGGCCAGCAGCAAAGACGAACGCAACACCUGGAUGAGCAUCAUACAGGACGCUAUGCACUGCAUAGAGAAGGAGGAGGACGAAGGGGUACCUAGCGAGACGGAGGAGGACCGCAGACAGCAGGAGACCAGAGCCAAGGAGAGCAGAGAACUCCUGAGGCUCAAGGACCAACAGAUCGUGCUACUGCUGAAGGAGAAGGUGAACAUCUUCAAGGACCUGUGUGACCUCAGCCCCGCCCUCGACGAGGGCAGCCAGCCAAUCGGGGAGCGCAUGCUGUUCAGGGCCACGCCCGAUGAGGUCACCAAGGGAGAGCCGAUCAUUAAGGACGCCCUGAAGGAAGUGGAGUCUCUGCAUACCUUGGUGAACAGCAGUGUGGGAGGAGCGGGAGGCAGUACCACCAUCUGCCUAACAGGGGGCACUGUGGGACCGGUCUGCCUUCCCAGAAGGGCUGAGACAUUCGGCGGCUUCGACAGUCAUCAGAUGAACAGCAGCAAGAGCGGAGAGAAAGAAGAAGGAGAUGACGCACUUGACCUUCGCAGGACUGAGUCAGACAGCGUGCUGAAGAAGGGAGCGAACACCAGCCUUCAGAUGUUACUCAAGAGAAACAAUGAGCAGGUCCAGCACAGUGUGGGGAACCUCUACAAUCUGCUGACAUCGCUGCAGGCUGUGGUGGUGCAGCAGGACAGCUUUGUGGAGGACCAGAGGCUGGCCCUCAGCGAGCGCCUGGCCGCCCAGCCUCCCUCCAGGAACUCCUCCUCCUCCUCCUCCUCCCUGUCCCAGACCUCGGGCUACUCCUCCUCGUCGCGGCCCUCCUCGCUGAUCGAGCAGGAGAAGCAGAGGAGCCUGGAGAGGCAGAGGCAGGAGGCGGCCAGCCUGCAGAAGCAGCAGGCGGCGCACCAGGAGGAGCGGCGGCGGCGGGAGCGGGAGUGGGAGGCGCGGGAGCAGGUGCUGGCCGAGCGGGAGGCGGGGCUGCGGGCCGAGGAGGAGGCCGCGGCGCGGGACCACGCCGCCCUGGGGGCGGAGCGGGAGGAGCUGCAGCGGCGGAAGGAGGACUACCAGCGGGACCUGGAGAGGCUGCGGGAGGCCCAGCGGCGGCUGGAGCGGGAGAGGGAGGCGCUGCGGCGGGAGACGGAGAGGCUGGAGGCCCUGAGGAGCGAGGAGUCCGGUGGGCUGCAGAAGUUCCAGCGCACGUCCUCCUCCACCUCGGAGGAAUCCCUGCGCUUCCACAGCUCCAGCUCCCUGGACCAGGAGUCCCGAGAGGCCCCAGAAGCUGCCAAAGAGGUGGAGCUCUCCUCCUCAGCACCGACCAAAGAGCCCUUCCUGCGCAUAGGAUCCAAGCGCAUGGGCAAAAACUUCAACCCUUUCUCCUCCUCCUCCUCCACCUCCUCGUCAUCCAAGCCCCAGGGAGGGGACAAGGAUGCCCAGCUCCCCAACCGACUGCUCCAGCUGGCCAAGACCAAGCCCAAGAAGGAGAAGAAGAAGAAGGGGAAAGGAGGAGAGCGGGAAGAGACAGGUACCACUUAAAACGCCAGGCCCUGGUGAUGUCUGAACCCCACGACGACGGAGAGGUCAUUUUCUGCUGAUGGAGGGCCGGUGCGGCGCGGACAGCCCAACCCCCCCCCCCCCCCCCCUAGCGUUGGAGACGUCAGUCCGUGGAGAGCCCCUUCCACUCUGCCCUCUCCGGGGAGGGGCACCAGGGAAGUCUGUUGAGCGAGGAACUUCUACUCUACAGCUCGUCCUCCUUCUCAACGGACCGUCGUAGCAACAGGUAGCACAAGGCCACACGCACUUUCUAGCCCCCCCCCCCACACAGAGCGUCUCUUCUGGACCACCCCUCCCAGGACCACUCUGCCCGUGUUGAAACGAUGAGACCUUAUGGAAGUUUAGUGUGUGUGUGUGUGUGUGUUUGGUUGUGUGUGUGUGUGUGUGUGUGUGUGUGUGUGUGCGUGUGUCUCAGGUCCCCAGACUUUUAAACAAAGUAAAACGAGUGGCUGGUCACAGGACCACAGACCUUUACAGUUCUGCAACUGGGAUGACGAUGAUGAUGACUGGGAGAGUUGGAACGAGACCGUAAAAACAUGCAGCAUGUGCAACAUGAAGUACAACAAGCAGAUUUGAUCCUUUUCUUGAUCGGUGCUGAUCCUCGAGUCUUCCAAAGGAUUGAAAGAAAAUGAACACAGCAACUGUCCAGCUUUAGGAAGAAGCAAUAAUAACCUAACCACCACUUUUCUUGUCUCUGUUGCAAAUGCCAAAUGUGAGGUUUCCCCUCUGCAUUACCACAAUAAGUACUAGCAUGUUUUCUUUUGUAUAUUCUGAUUGGUUGCCAGGGUUGCAAUAGUUAGGAGAGAGCUCGCCGUGAGAUAUGGAUUCUAUGUUCAAAAGUCUUCUUUCUUUUUAGAAAGACUGAAGUGUUUUUUUUUUUUUCACCCACUUUGUAGUUAAAUGGUGUGUGUGCGUGCGUGCGUGCGUGCGUGCGUGUGUGUGUGUGUGUGUGUGUGUGUGUGUGUGUGUGUGUGUGUGUGUGUGUGUGUGUGUGUGUGUGUGUGUGUGUGUGUGUGUGUGUGUGUGUGUGUGUGUGUGUGUGUGUGUGUGUGUGUGGUGUAGAGGUUGAAAGGUCAGAGAAGGUUAGCUAAAAUAUAAGUGAUGGGGGACAGAGAAAUGACUUCAAUCAAUGACCUCGGGAUAAAGGGAUGUGUUCAAUGAGGGAUCAUAUCUUUGACUGGCAUUGAAGAAGAGAGCAAGAGAUGGACAUCUGGCCAAAGACUCUUCUGGAGCCUGAUCCAUUUACCCAUAUUCCUUUUUUCCCCCUUCUACAUUUUCCUCUGGAAGAGCUUUUAUCCACAUUAAAACUCACUUUCCCAUGAUGCUCUAUUUUGGAUGAUCGCCUUAUCUAGUUCCCAAGCAUUGGCCAUGCAUUAAUUAAACAGCUACCAAGCGUGUGAUGGACCGUGUUAGAGGGAAAGCAUUAGGAGAACUCAAUGAACCACUCAAACCUAACUGCCUUCAGCCACUGCUUGGCUGCUAGUCCCAAGUAUACACCAGCAAGUGUUAAUUACAAUACAUGUCCCAUCUUGUCAAGUCAGUCCCCAAAUGAAUGAACUCUCGGCACCUCAAUCUAGCAUGCCAGGGAAGGAAUUCGCCGCCUUCUGUUGGUCUCCCUGUCUCCCAUGGAAGGAUCUUUUUAUAACGACGGAGCUAUCGACCACGUCUUCCCUCUCUCUCUCUCUCUCUCUCUCUCUCUCUCUCCCUCUCCCGCUCUCCCUCUCCCCCUCUCCCCCUCCCCACACUGAUGAUCACAGUCUGAGCAAAUGGAUCUACCGGCCGGUAUAGGACUCAGAAAUCAAUGUUGGCAUUGUGUUUAAUACAAAGUGGUACAUCUGGUGCCAUUAGAUUUAAAAACAAAGUGGUGGCGGCCUGGGUUGCUGCUCUGGCCUCACCGAUAUCACCACGUGUGAAAAUGUGCAAUGCAGCAGGAUACUCUCUUCCCCCUCUGUCUCCCACCCCCCAGCUUUUGUUUUGUCACUGCAUGCAAUACGAUCAAGAUGAGGGCUACCAAAAAAGGUCUAUUUAAAGCACUUUAGAUUGAAGUACACUUACAUUUUCCAAUGUUGCAUCAAAGCCCCAGUGUGUCCUCGGUGCCUUAAUGCAAGACAAUCGAUUAGUUUACUCUUUUUUUUUUUAAUGUACGUAUUCAGAUAGACUUCUUUGAAUCUGGAGGGGAAAAACGUUGAUGGUGUUGGGUUUGUGUACUGCAAUACUCAAUUUUAUUGUUUUUUAUAAAUGUUUGGAUCCGCCUGCUCAUGUAAUAGUUUUUAUCUUUGUUCUUUGGUCCUAAUCCGGUUUAUUUAAAUGAAACAAUGUGUCAAGUCAAGACAGUUAAGAGUGCAUUGUCAAAGGAAACACUGAUGGAAGUUACUUCUAAACAACCUUGAGUCAAAUGGAUUUUACGGAGCUAGCUAAGCCAAAAGCAAAAUCCUCUCCGAACAAACCCUUACCCCCCCCUCAACCUCCAACCCCACCCAGGAACCCUCCACAGCCUGUUCUUGUGAUGUUUCUGCAAGUGCACAACACACACACACACACACACACACACACACACACACACACACACACACACACACACACACACUAGGGAGUUGGGCUGGUCUCUGCUAAAGUCUGUGGGAGACUGCAACCGGGAGCUGUAUAUUUGCACCGCAUUGAUCUCUCUCCUCUUCAUGUAUCCGUGGCAGGGUGAGUGAUGUUGGACAUUUUAGCCCCUGCAGUCUAAAGAUACGAAUAUGUUCCCUAGCCACCUCUCAUCCAAAGAUAUCUCUGCUGAAAGGAGCAGAUUUUUGUAAAACUAAGAGCCUAGCACACAGCCUUUAUCCGAGGCCCUUGUGUGAUACAUACAAAUUGAACCACAAAAUGGAAACACUGGCUCUGGUGGGGAUGAUGUCAGGGAUUUUAAAUGACAACAAGGGUUAUUAGACCAGUGUUGAGAUCCUGAAAAUAAGCCUGCGUUUUAUUUUCAUACAUUCAAGUUACAUUACUAAACACAUUUAUUGUGGUAGAUGUGUUAAUUUGGGGGUGUUUCAUUCUGCUGAUGAAAUGUCUUUGGUGAUCGAUUUCAGAGACAAUGUAUCACUGUGAAUGAGAGACUGCCAGAGUUCUGAGCAGUGAACCUGUCUUCUCAAUCUGACCGACAGAUGGCACUAUAGAGGAGAACAUAGCCUUCUGAGCGGUUGUGUAACUAAUAUUGAGCUCGGAGAAUAUCGUCGGGCCCCUAAAAAUGUCAAACAGCCAUCUUAAUUUGUAUUAAUGGCCUGAAAUGCAAGCUCCUGUGUGAGUCGAAUUUCUUAUUUAUUUGAAAGUGUGUUUGAAAUAUGGAUCAAGUAAUCUUUCUUCCAUACAUUUUUAAUUGGCAUCUUAUCUUUCUUUUCUGUGGCCAGUCAUUACCCAUCUGAUAAUCAAUACACAACCAUCUCACAAUGCUUUGGAAAAUCCAGACAGUCCACCUUUGUUUUUACUCUUUCAUACGUUUUUCAAGAGCAGGUCGGAGGGUUACUUGUUACAGUUUUGUAAAGAUGAGUGUAAAUAAUUCUAAUGCCGAUUUGGGCAAAAAAAAUAUUAAAAAGCAGUUUUUAUGUGUGGGAUUUCGAGGAGGCAUGGGUGCUAAUCUCUGUGACACAAGGGACUUCAAGAUUGUAUAAACCAUCAUGCAAACCUGCACAACUCACAGUUUUCUCCCACAGUCAAAGUGUAGCAGCAGUCUAGAGCUCAAUUCAGAACUGCACUUUCCGUUAUCUGUAUCAAUACAUGUAUAUGCGCACGCAAGGCCUUGCAAAGCAACCGAUGAACUCCCUUAUAACCGGAGAGAGGAUUCAAACCAAACGACUAUAAUUAAAUCUCAAUUUGUCAACAAUAAUGUUCCCAAUGAAAAUGCACUAGAAUGUCAAGAAAUGGUUUCAAAUCUCAUUAGACCUUACAGUUUUGCACUGUAUGCCAAAGCUUUUUAACAAUGUUGUUUGUACUAAAUACAAGAAGGUACAAUAAUAGUUUCCUUUUGAUUUCAUCUGUAAAGCAAAAAAAGGCAGAACAAAAAAAUGUGUAAAUAUGUUUUAUGUACAAAUUUGAACUUUUGAAGUAUUGACUGUGGAUUUUUUCUUUUGUUAGAUGAUUUUUUUUAAUAAAUAUUAAGGCUUUAUUUAUCUGUACUCGUAAUGUUUGGAGGCAUAAACAUAUAAAAAAUGUACAGUAAUUUUCCCCUUUUCAAUAAAUCACGUUUGUCAAUUGUGCUUGAGUCUGCUUAUAUUACCCCCCCAAAAAAAGAUAGUGCUGUCUUUUCUCCCAGAGAUAAACAGGGAAGUGGGAGACAGAAGGUCCAGCAUGCCACUGGAACCAAUAGCAUCACAGGUCCUUCAUGGCAUAAUAGGAUGACUCAAUACCGGACCCUAUCUCUAGCCCUUCGCUAGAUCCUCACCACUGUAACGAAGUGAUUGCCCAUGUGAUGAAGUGAAUGCCCACAUCCAAUUCACUGCAUGCUGAUCAUAUGCGUCAUUCAUUUCAUAAUUUCAUUGAGCUGACCUCAUUUUAGCAGCCAUCUCCUGCCGGUAGUUAAUCCACUGGGGGAACUAAAUGUACAUUCCAGAGCUAUGUGGCGUGUGUUAGUAUUGGCUGGCAUAAGAAAGUGUUCUUCUAAUUGAUCCGUUUUAGGUCAUCAACACUGACGGUGUAUGGAUGUAUAAUAAUACCCAUACAGUAUCUUCCUUUGGAAUGUUCUCCAAGCAUUCUGUCGGUCGGUCAUCAGAGAUGGGCUAGUUCUGGGACUGCAGAAGGGCGUGUUGAAUCUAAUAUGUUGUGUGAGUCAGGAGGCCGGUGUAGCAUGACUCAUGAUGGCAGCCAUGCCUUUCCUCUAUCAGCUGGGCAGAGUCCAGUGCAAUCCCUCGAUGACUCCAGCCAAUACCAGCUCUGGUUUCUAGCAUCCAGUAUAAAUACUUUUUUUUUUUAUACAGUCUUGUUUUAUUUGACAUCUCUUUUAAUCAAUUUGUUCUAUAAAAUGGUCCAAUAGAGCCACACUCUACACGCAUUUGGUUUGAAGAGUGAAGCCUGGGGAGGAGACAGCGAUGAUGAUGGUAAAGUAUGGCAUGAAUCAUAUCUGUUUACACACUAGACACUGGCAAAAAUCUGUGUGCGUGUGUGUGUGACGAAGUCCAACAGGCUCUGUAUUAAACACACUGCUGCAGCUAUCAUGUGUCCUGGUGACUCCUUGAUUUCAACAUCGUUACCUCACACUGGAAUCAAGCCACCAUGCUCAUGAAUGCAUAUUGCGUUGUGUGGGUAGUGGCUCUUACAUAGGCUCAGGAAAAUGUGUGAUAUGACCUAGUUUCUGCUGACUCCGCCUCUUUCUCACCUGCUUUUAGCUUGUGUGUCUGUCUGUGGAAUCAAAAAAACGCUGAAUGAGAAGGUGUUGCCCCUGUUUAACCACAGUGUUCCAUAAUACACAUACACAAAGUAACACACUUUCUCUGUCUUUCUGUCUCGCGCUGUCGCCGCCACAACCACCAACACCUCAAUCUGGCCUGCCUGUGUCACACUCCACCCUGACCACUGCCUGCAGACCGACCCACAGAGUGUGCAUAACUGUGAUGCACUCUUGGGGACACAAAACAGAUCGACGCAUUUCUGCAGCAAUCAAACUAAGUCUUAUGAAGGCCGUUAAUCUAUAUUGUAUUAGGAUUUCCCACAUCAGCCCAAUAAUUCACAUGCACUCUCUCCCCCCUCUAUAUCUCUCUCUAUAUUGUAAUUGAUUUUGAGGAGUGCUGAUUAGGCUGCCUUUCACAGUGGUGCAC